AACAGGUUGUGUCUAUUGUGUGUCUGUCUGGUUGGGCGUUAAAUUUUAAAUGGAAAUUUGGAAAUUAGCACAUACAACAACAAAAGAAAGGUUUAUCUAUUUCGUCUACCCUCACACGCUCUGUCGACGUGUUUCACAUCUGAAGCAGACGCGGGUGAUAAUCAAUGAUUAUUGACUUACAAGCCAUUCUUCUCCAAAGUUUGUCAACUCUUUGGCGAACAAUCCAAUCUUUUAUGCUAAAUGUUGCGUAUUCAUUCAAACAUAAUUUAUUUUCCCUAACGGAACCCUAUAUAAAAUUGUCAACCGUCCACCGGGGUGUUAGAUUCAAGUCACACUUCAAGUCUUUGGGUUUUCAUUUAGUUCGAACAUGAAGGUGGUCGUGGUCGUUGCCUUGUGCCUCUGCUUGGCCUACAGCAGUGCUUUGCCCAUUGAAAAUGAGGCUAAAAUAACUUUGGAUAACGUUGAUGCUGUCACUUCUGGAGAUUCUGGAACCGAACACGUGCGUCAAGCUCGCCAGUUCUAUGGCGGCUAUGGUGGAUACGGUGGAUAUGGCGGCUUCGGCGGCUAUCCAGGAUUGUAUGGCGGUGGUUAUCCAGGCUACUACGGUGGAUAUGGAGGUUAUCCCUUAGGCGGUUAUGGCGGUUUGUCUAGCAGUUAUGCUUCGGCAGCUGCUUCCGCCGGCGGCUUUGGAGGUGGUUUAUUUGGAUAAACAAAUCUUAAAUGAAAAAAAAAUAAACUUAAUUUAAUUUAA